AUGACGCGCGGCGGGCCGGAUUCAAAGAUGAUUCCUCAAGUUAGUCUACCUGAAAAGACUACCCUGCAGGACGAUGUGCUUGGGUCACCUUCAAGCGAUGUCGACCAUGGUAUCAUCAAAGACUGGGAUGAUGAGUCUCGGAUUCGACUUAAAAUUGACUUCAUUUUGCUUCCCUGCCUCGCCUUGGCGUUCUUUUCUUUGCAACUUGACCGGGGUAAUAUCAGCGCUGUAUUGACUUCGACCAUCACCAAAGACCUGAAUAUCACAACCAACCAGGUCAAUAUUGGAACACAGCUGUUGUCUGCGGGAAUCGUGCUGUCUGAGAUACCGUCCAACAUUAUCAUGCAACGGAUAGGACCUCGCGUUUGGCUCUCGGGCCAGCUCUUUGCGUGGGGACUGGUUGCGACCUUUCAGGCCUUUAUUCAGUCAUACCCAGCUUACCUGGUAACCCGUGUUCUGCUCGGACUGUGUGAAGGUGGUUUUAUUCCAGGCGCUCUCUACUACUUGUCCACCUGGUACAAGAAAGACGAAACCAGCUUUCGCACUACGCUCUUCUUCUAUGGCCAAAUGUUUGCCUCGGCUACAUCCAGUUUGAUUUCCGCCGGUCUUCUUCGACUAUCUGGAACGGGAGGCUUGGAAGGAUGGCGGUGGAUUUUCUUGGUCGAGGGUCUCAUCACCCUUUUUGUUGGGAUUGUUUUUACCCUCCUUGUUCCCCCUGCAGCAGGCAAUGGUCGUGCUCUAAUUUGCAUGGGCCGUUGGAGCUAUUUUAGCGAGAGAGAGACACAAAUCAUCCGCAAUCGAGUUCUGCUGGACGACCCUCGCAAGGCCCGUGGGCAGAUUCAGAUCUCACGGUCCGACAUCUGGCAGACUGUGUGCCAGCCACGCAUUCUGCAACACGCCUUUUUGACAUUAGUAUCAAUGUCCGCGUUCCAAGGAUUGACGCAGUAUACACCCAGCCUGAUCAAGUCCCUGGGAUUUGGUGCGGUUCGAGCCAAUGCCCUGGCGUCUGUCCCCGUGUACUGUAGUAUCGUGUGGCUGACCAUCCUGGCGUAUAUUUCUGAUCGGGUCGGCCACCGUGGGCCGUUUGUCCUUCUGGCCAUUACUUGGAACGUGAUUUCCUACGCUUGUCUCCGCACGAGUACCUAUUCCACAUCAGCAUGGCACCAGUAUGGAGUCAUUGCCGUGGCUAAUGUGUCCUAUUGCAGCAUGCAUAUCCUCAACGUCGGCUGGCUGUCAGUCUAUUGCCGGACGCCUCAGGAACGAAGUGUUGCGAUGGCACUUAUUGUGAUGGCCGCCAACUGCGCUGGUAUUUCGGGCUCCCAGAUCUUCCGCACAUCGGAUGCUCCCAAGUAUUUGCAUGGCCUCACAGCUAUAUGUGCGCUGGCCGGAGUGUCAUGGGUGCUUGCCCUGGUUCUCGGUGGGCAGUACUAUAUCCGCCGCAAGAAGGCGUUAGUGGCGGAUAGCGAGGCAAACCGGUCGGAUCGGAAAUGCCCCGAUAAGAAUGGCACCGUCGCUUCACCUCCUGUCUGUCCUCUAGUCUCUCGAGAGCCUGGCCACCAUGAGUACACCUGCCCGAGUCUGCGCUCGCUGCUCGCGCAUCUAGCCGAUUCCUCUGACGGGGCCCUGGCGCCACGACGGCCCCGUGCAUCGCGGUCCCGCGGCGGGUGUCUCUCCUGCAAGGCAAGGAAAAAGAAAUGUGACGAGAACCGCCCACGCUGCAGCGAUUGUCGUCGGCUGAAUCUGCCCUGCCGCUGGCCGGCGACUUCGGUUGGCCCAGAAAGCCCGGAGACAACCAGCUGGUCUCUCUCUCCCCAGUCCCCCAGCACGGUGAUCUCGAUCACCGAUCCGAACGAUCGAUCCGACGGUGAUCCGCUUGACCUGAGCUCCCUUACCCCCGAUGACGACGAGGAGUUUAUUGCCACGCUCUUCCCACACCCUUUACCCAAGCAUAAUGGCCUUUCCCUCUCUCUCGGCCGGUCCCCGCUGUCUGCCAACCCUCAUUUGCGUAGUGAAGAGGACCGAUCGCUUUUUAAUCACUACCUUCAGGUGGUGGCGGGCGCGCUCUCGCGGUCUCACUCCGAUCGUAACCCGUUCCUUGUGACUCUCUUACCACUAGCAGCUACAUCUAAUACAGUGACCAGUGUCAUAUUAAGUCUGAGUGGAUGCCACUGGAAGCGAGUCUAUCCCACCAUCUGGGGUUGUGCAUUGACGCGGCAAGGCCAAGCACUGGCCCAAGUCAACAAUCUUCUCAGUCGGUCCGACCGCCAGUCCAUCUUUGAAGCAUGUACAACUGUUCUAUUGUUAUGCCUGACGGAGCUGUGUGAUGGGCAGUCUAAGGCCUGGAAAUGGCAUUUGAAGGCCGCCGGUGCCAUUCUCAAGUCUCCUGCGAUGCGGUCACUGGUCUCAACCGAUGAGUGGACGUUUUGUAUUAGUUUGUUCCACUACCUGGACUCGAUGUCCACCAUCUCCCGGUGCAAGCCACCGUUGCUGCAUGAAGAUGAUAGUAUGACGGACUUGACCAGCUCGCUCCGACGCUCUAGCGUGCCCGAACUGACUGACAGUCAAUCCACGGAUGCUAUCUAUGGGAUUUCUCCAGCGCUCUUUGACUAUCUCGGCAUGGUCAACAUUCUGGCCAACCGUCGAAGCCGACGCGUGGAUGAGCUCUCUGAGAUUGGCUUCCGAGCAUCCGCGACGCACCUGGAAAGUCGGAUUAAUGAAUGGCGCGCGGAGCAUGACCGCAUAGACACGGCCGAUGGUCGUGAGCCCAAUACCGAACGAGCCACGACAGCUUUUGAAUGGGCAAUCCGCCUGCGUUUACAUCAAAUCGUCGAGGGCUACGAUCCAUUCCAUGAGUUUGUCGAGGGCGCCAUUACUGCUAUCUUGGAUGCUGUUCGAGAGAUACCGUACGCGAGUAAAGUUGAAGGAUGCCUUUUGUUUCCCUUGGUGAUAGCAGGAGCGAGCAGCAUCAGCGUUGAACGGCGCAUGAUUGUGAAAGAGCGACUCAUGGUUCUGGAAAGCACCUUGGGGUUUUCACACAUCCAAUAUGCCCGUCAAUUGUUGGAGACGGUGUGGAAGAGUGGAAGUACUUCAGAGCUCAACUGGGCUGCUGUCCGAUAUAGUCAAUUUCCCGGCGUCGUAUUUAUCUAG